AUGUUUUCCACAACACCACAACAGAAUACUUAUAAAAAGAAGAAAGAACGCUUCCGUUUAGCUAAUAGUAUCGACGCUACACAGCAAGAGAUCAUGCCGUGCACUCGAUGUGCUUCCCAAGGUCGGCGGUGUAUUAUGGACACGACCCAGUCUAAUCGCUGUGCUGAGUGUGUUCGGACGAAGAUGAAGUGCGAUGGGAGUAACGAUUCCUGGGAUCGUCACGUUCCGUCCGAAAAGGAAUGGGAGUCUCUAGACGCUCAAGAGGAGCGCCUACGGGACGAAGAAGAAGAAGCCAUGGCCAAGAUUCUUCGCUUGCGUAAACAACAGAAGUUUAUUCAGGAGCGUCGCAAGGAGAUGGCUAGGCGUGGCCUCAAGUUCAUUGACGAACUUGAUGCUGUUGAAGAAUUGGAAAGGGCGAAAGAGCGG